UCGCAACAUAUACGCACGGACACGGAGCGAGCAUGCAUCCCAGCUUACACUGACUGCAACUGGAGUCGCCAGCGCAUCUUGGCGAGCUCAACACCAGGAUCGCAGACUGUGGAUACGCUACCAUGCCAGUGUACACUGAAUUCUUUUCAGCUGCUCGUUUUCUUGGGUGACAUAUCUGCAUUUCGAGGCAGUUUCCUCAACCGGUUUCACAUAAACCCAACCAGGUCGAAGUGUAACCCGGCCAUGUGCUGAAAUCUACAGUUUUUAGACCACUUUUUUUUUCUUUUUUUUUUAGUCCGGAUCCAAUGAGAGAGUGUUUCUUUCUUCACCAAUGAGAAAAAGCGCAGACACCCUCCGUUGUCUGUAGUUUGGACGGUAAACCUUUAUUACGCAUGCAGGAAGAAAUCUGUUGUGACAUCGGAUCGACCUGCGUCUCCAUGCGCAUUGACCGCGGGGAGCCCCAGGCGAAUGAGAGAGCUAAUAACCCGGCCACAGCUUAGCCUGUGUUGCUGAAUUGUCGCGUGUGUGAGCACCAUUAUUGGAGUUGUAACCCAGCCAAAAGCCAUGGUGCACUGCGCCGGGUGCGAGAGGCCUAUCCUGGACCGCUUUCUGCUCAAUGUGCUGGACCGAGCCUGGCACGUCAAGUGCGUCCAGUGCUGCGAGUGCAAAUGCAAUUUGACAGAGAAAUGUUUUUCUCGAGAGGGGAGACUAUACUGCAAAAAUGACUUCUUUAGGCGGUUUGGCACCAAGUGUGGCGGGUGUUCGCAGGGCAUCUCUCCGAACGACUUAGUCCGCAGGGCUCGGAGCAAAGUGUUCCAUCUCAACUGCUUCACGUGCAUGAUGUGCAAUAAGCAGCUCUCCACCGGCGAAGAGCUCUACAUCAUAAACGAAAACAAAUUCGUUUGCAAAGACGAUUUCAUGAGCAACGGCAGUGUUAAAGACACAAACCUCCUUUCAGUAACGGCCUGCAGCGAACCGAGUUUAUCCCCGGAUUCACAAGACCCCCUCCAGGACGACGUGGUCCUUAAGGAAACGGAGAUUGCUGCCCUCUCGGAUAAGGAAACUGUAAAUAACGAGAACGACGACCAGAAUCUGGGCGGCAAGCGGCGAGGCCCGCGGACGACUAUUAAGGCCAAACAGUUGGAGACGCUGAAGGCGGCGUUUGCUGCGACCCCCAAACCCACCAGACACAUCAGGGAGCAACUGGCACAGGAGACCGGCCUCAACAUGAGGGUUAUCCAGGUUUGGUUCCAGAACCGCCGUUCCAAAGAGAGGCGUAUGAAGCAGCUGAGCGCACUGGGAGCCCGCAGGCAUGCUUUUUUCAGGAGCCCAAGGCGGAUGAGGACGCUAGUAGACCGCCUGGAACCCGGGGAGCUCAUUCCCAACGGACCUUUCUCUUAUUACGGAGAUUAUCAAAGUGAAUAUUAUGGUCCAGGAGGGAACUAUGACUUCUUUCCUCAGGGGCCACCUUCAUCGCAGGCCCAGACCCCAGUUGAUCUCCCCUUUGUGCCCUCUUCAGGCCCCACGGGCACACCCCUUGGAGGUAUGGACCACCCCCUACCAGGACACCAUCCAUCCAGUGAAGUGCAGCGUUUCUCUGAUAUUAUGUCUCACCACCCUGGAGACUCUCCAAGCCCAGAGCCUGGCAUCCCAGGGACUCUGCACAAUAUCUCCUCUGAGGUGUUUGGCCCGAGCCCACCCUUUACCUCACUUUCUCUGAACGGCAGCGGAUAUAACAACCAUUUGUCACAUCCACCCACGGAAAUGAACGAAGCCACUGUGUGGUAGCUCUUUGGGAGACUGGACUCUUUAGGCUGGAAAAUUAGUAACUGGGGUUUAUUAUGAUGUGGGUUGAAUUGAGGCAUGGAUACCAACAGAGUUAGGGCAAUGCCACAAAACAUUUUUAUAUAAUUUCCUAUUUAUUAUUUAUUAAUACUAACCCAAAACUGGACAUUUUUGAACUGACAGCCUUCAUCUUCUGUGUGCAUAUGAGGCAGGUACUAUCCCGCCUCUUGUCAGUAGCUUGGCAUGAGGAAACAUUCAUUACUGUUAUGAGGAAAUUAAGUUUCAAGAUCUCUUAUAUGUCUAGACCACGAAAAAUAUCAUUAGCAGUUGUCAAAGACAUCAAUAGCUUUACAAACAGAUCAUAAUCUGGUCAAAGGUAGCCUGUGCAAUAACGGCACAUAGGAUGGCUGAGCAAUAUCCAAGUUUAAGGCAUUAGACAUGCUCCUUGUAUUUAUUCAUAAGUUUCACAAACCCCUUUGCCUCUCUAGAGCCCACCAUAGUGACUCUUCAGACUAUGUUUCUUAAGGCCAGAGAAAAUGAUGUACUCCUCCAUGUUAAGACUUUCUUUUGGUAUCAGAAUUUCCACCAAAUCUUGGAAAGCUGCUUUCAAAAGUCUAACACUACAAAAUUUCCUUGACAAAAUUCAAACCCUUUAUCUCAAAUGGAACUGAACUUGAAUUGUUAAAAUGAAGUCUACCUUCUAAAAAUCCUCUACUGGGGUUCUAAAUGGGACUUAAAACAGUCAACUGUUUACGUAAUCAAUUUAAGGUUCAGGAGUCCAGAAAACCGCGUUUUAGAACUUUGUCCAUGUAAAAUGUACCAAGCAACCAACCAAACUUUUGUAUUGAGUUCCUUUAUAUUGUAUGAAGAAAAUAAAUUUUCUUCAGGUUGUGGUUCAAUGUGCUAGUUUGUACAAGACGUUGUUUACAGAAAAAGGUUAAAAAAAAAUGAACCAAACAUAAGUAGUUGCCAAAUAAGAAAAUAGCACAACUCCUGUUAAAUCACCACUGCAAAAUGUCAGAAUGUGUUAAUACAAAUUGUUUUAAGAGGCAUACUUUCAUUAUGAAUUUUCUAAACUGCUCACAAUACAUUCAUAAAAUUGUUAAUAUGACAGUCAUUUCCUGGUUUUAUAUUCAUGUAUUCAAAGGAGAAAAGAUUCAUACUAUUAAAGGAUUGCUG